UCACAGAUAUGGUGGCCGUUAGGAUGGGAAAGCUGGCAACCAUACCUAUAGGUCUGAUAUGUGCAUCUAUAACUGUGCUUGCAGCUAAAGAAGAAAAAUACAAAAAACAGCUAGUAAAACCAGAGCAGCUUCCCAUAUAUACUGCACCACCUCUGCAGUCUAAAUAUGUUGAAGAGCAGCCUGGUCAUUUAGAAAUGGGCUUUGCAUCCAUCCGCAGUACAACUGGUCGUUAUAUUGGCUGGUGCAAGGGUGUUUAUGUGUUUGUGAAAAAUAGGAUAAUGGUUACAGUACAAUUUGGAAAAGAUGCAUAUAUCUACCUGAAGAAUCCACCUCAAGAUUUUCUUCCAAAACUUGGAGUUACAGUUUCAGGAUUGGCAGGCUUGGUUUCAGCAAGAAAAGGUUCUAGGUUUAAGAAAAUUGCAUAUCCACUGGGACUGGCCACCUUAGGAGCAACUGUUUGCUACCCAGUUCAGUCAGUAAUAAUUGCAAAGGUAACUGGGAAAAAGGCAUAUACUAUAAGCCAGCAAAUUUAUGAAGCAGUUAAAUCAUUGUGGACGAAAAGCAACAAAGAAGAAUCACUUCCUAAACCUAAAGGAAAAUCGAAGCUAGGAAAUUCUGCUGCCCUAGAAAUACCUGCAAAAACAACUGACAGCCUGAAAUAUUCAGUGUCCUUGCCAGUUGAACUCAGCUCUGAAACAAAGACAAAAUCAGAAUCCACCUCAGGUGCCACACAGUUUAUGCCUGACCCCAAGCUCAUGGAUCACGGACAGUCCCAUCCAGAAGAUGUAGAUAUGUACAGCACUAGAAGCUGA